AUGUCGACAACACUGAAGCUGACGACGGCUUCACGCCUAGCCAAGACUAAGAAACCAUUGUCAGAUAUGCAUCAAUUACAGCGUGCGGUGAAGGAGCUGCAACGUGAGGCAGCGGAUCAGUUAGUCCUUGAAGUCGAGUCGCAGGCGACAUUUGAGUUUCUAACCUCUCAAAUCCGAGCUCUACGUAGUGCCUUUGAUACUCUUUCGGACGUUCUGAUGGCCGAGGUCGAUGGUCUCCGCAAGGAAAUGACUCGAAAACUUAGCGAAAUGGACGCGGAAGUGGUUCGUCAAGGCGAGAUACACAAGGCCACACACACUGAGGUGAUGCAACUGAAGCGGACGAUGGAGGUAUGGGGCUUAAAGGAGCGUGACUGGGCGAAAGAUAACGAGAUCUUGAAGGCUUCACACAGUCACAAUGUCGAAUGGAUGCAGCAAUUGCAACGCGACGUAAUGGACGUGAAGGACAGACUUCACGAGAUCAAAAGUGACACUGGCAGUCGCAUCUCGGAGAUCUGUGAAGAGACAAAUAGUUUACGCAGGAACUGGCAAAAGCACGUGGACGACAUGUUAGAUCGUCUGCAAGAUUUCGAUACCGUCGCUCAGAGACAAACUGCUGAAGCGCGUGUACAGGCUCAACAACGCGCAGAUGACCUGGAGCUCAUGGAGCAAGCUAUUAGUACAGUGCAGAAGCAGCAAACGCAGAUCCGUUCUGGACUCGAGAAGCAGACACAAAGCAUUGAAUCCCACAUCGACUUGCUGGCCAAAAAGCUCGAGAAUGCAGAGACCCAGACAAACAAUCAAAAGGCAGCAUUAGAGCAACUCCGAGCCAAAAACGCUCUCAUGGAGAAGGAGCAGCGACGACGGAUGGACAAUAUUGGCAAGAUGUUCACGAUUUUUGCCGACGCACUCAACAUAUCACCAACCAUGCUUGCAGCAGCUAGUUAA